CAUCUUAAAUGUUUUAGCUCUGCCCUUCAUUAGGUUUACUUGUGUUUUCUGACUUUUGCAGGUGCUGCUGUUUUUGUAGUCGAACCAUUUCGAAGCAUCAGAUCUUCAGAGGCAAACAGACGAUGUCUUGGGCUUCCAUUCUCAUCUGCUUGGUUUAUGGCUCUGUGUUAGCUCAUGGACUUAUUGGGGAUAGAUCAGUUGAUCAUGAAGCCACUUUAAAUGCGAAAGCGCUCAUCCAGUACUGGGAAUACCCUGUUGAGGAACAUGAUGUCAUGACAGAUGAUGGCUAUAUACUUACCAUCUUCAGAAUUCCACAUGGCAGAGCUGACCCAAGCACGAGGCCAAGGCCAGUAGUAUUUCUGCAGCAUGGCUUGCUUGUAGACGCUGCAAACUGGUUCCAAAAUCUUCCUCAUAACAGCCUGGCUUUCAUGCUAGCUGAUGCUGGCUAUGAUGUUUGGCUAGGAAACAGCCGAGGGAACAACUGGUCCAGAAGACAUCACAUUCUUUCACCCAGAUCACUGGAGUUCUGGGAAUUCAGCUUUGAUCAGAUGGCAAAAUAUGACCUUCCAGCAUGUAUAGAUUAUGUUCUGCAGAAAACUGGACAGGAACAACUGUCUUAUAUUGGCCAUUCACAAGGAACCACUAUGGCUUUUAUAGCUUUUUCUACCAAUCCUAAACUGGCUGCAAAAAUCAAGCUGUACAUUGCCUUGGCUCCUGUUGCCACAGUUAAACAUGCUAGAACUCCUCUGGCAAAGCUCUCGCUGCUUCAUGAACUGCAAAUCAAGGCCAUAUUUGGAAUGAAAGAAUUUUUACCAAAAACUUAUUUUGGUUCUGCGAUUGCUGCUGAGUUUUGCAGCCAAAACUUAUUGGCCCCCAUUUGUGGCAACCUCCUGUUCAUAUUGUGUGGAUUUAAUGAGAAGAACCUAAACCUGAGCCGAGUAGAUGUGUAUGCAGCCCAUGCCCCAUCUGGAACAUCUGUGCAGAAUAUAAUCCAUUGGAAGCAGAGCGUCCUUAGUGGUAAACUCCAAGCUUAUGAUUAUGGAUUGUUUGACAACCUAGCUCGUUAUAGCAAGGCUCAACCUCCUGAAUACAAUAUAAGGGAUAUGAACGUAACAACAAUAGUCUGGAGCGGUGGAAAAGAUUGGCUUUCUGGUCCUGAGGAUGUCGAUGUGUUAAUCCCCCAGAUCAAAAACCUCCUUUAUCACGAAUAUAUUCCUGAGUGGAAUCAUCUGGAUUUUGUGUUUGGUCUUGAUGCUGCCGAUCGAAUGUAUUACAAAAUCAUUGAGAAUUUAAAAGAGAACCUUUAAGGAGAUGUGUCUCUUAGAACAGGAACAAAGUCCCUUUGCUUUCCUGAUUGUCUGAUUUUUUAAAAUAAAAAAUAAACUAAUACU